CAGCGCCCGCAGCUGCCAGUGCAGUUGCGAUGGGACGUGCCGGAGCCAUGGGUGACGGUGACAUCCUGAUGACUGCGCUUGUCCUGCUGCUGGCCGCUGUGGCUGUCUGGUGGGCCUUUGGCCACCGGCAACCAUGGAGCCGGCAGACGCGGACAGCAAAGAGGAGCAAGCGCCCCAGGGUGCGGCCCAGAGGCUCACGGAGGACGCGAGGAGCCCUUGCGGCUCCCAGGUUCCCCAGGCCUCGGGCGACUCCUCGCAAGCGGCCACGUGCUCCCGCGAGCCCCCUGGGCAGCUCCUGCAGCUGCGGCCCCUGUGUGGCAGUGGCCCAGGAGCUGCAGGAACUGAUGCUGCUGCUCUGGGAUGGCAAGGGGACGUGUGUGCCGCUCUACUCUGGGAUGUGGCAGGCGUUGUGGAAAGAACUGGAGGAGCUGCUGCAGCGAGGCCACCUGCCCUGCUGUGGCUUGUCCAGCUCCUGCAGAAGCCUCCAUCCCUUCCAGAGGCUGCUCCCAGCAAGAUUCUCCAUCCCUGGGAGAGCCUCAAGGCCUGCAAGGAUGGCACAGCAGGGGGGAGCCGCCAUCCAUGCAGGAACCUCAGGCUGUCAGAGCCCCUGCAUCCUGCCAGGAGCCUCUGCAAUCUCUGACAGCCUCCACCCCUCGCAGAGGCUCAGUGAGACCUGUCAGCCUGCAGAAGGUGCAGAGCCCGUGGACAGGUCUCCCAGCUCCCUUGGACUCGCGGACUUCAACAACACGGGCUCAAUCCUGACCAUUGACGUGGCAGGGGAAAGCCCAGAAGUCCAAAUGGGAGCCCAGCCCGAUGCAGGGGAGCCGUCUCAGGAGAAGCUGGCGGAGCAGCAAGCGUCCUGGAGCCGGCAGUGGUCAUCCCACAGCGGCCAGGACGCUGUGCCGGUUGUGCCAGCUGGCGACAGCCCGAGCCUGGUGGUGGAGACCAGCCUCCAGACACCAAGGAGGUUCCUCCAUCUCCAGGAAGCUGCCCCAAGAGAGCCCUCGACUGCCAGGAAGGGCUUUCUAAUAGCAGCUGCUCCUGGGACGCCCCUGUGUGAAGCCUCGGGCUGUAGCCCCGGCCCUCGUCAAGAGGAGAGUCCAGCCCACGACGCCGGGGACGACGACGGUGCCGCCCUGCCCCGCUGCACUGGGGCUCCUGCAGCCGCCUGUGCGCGCGGCCCUGGCCCAGCUCUGCCGCUCGCCGGCCCGUCGGCCGCCGGGCGGCGGCCACUGCCCGGCGCGCAGCAGGAAGCAGGGCAAAAGAAGCAGCUGCAGGAGCUGUACCAGCUGGGCCCGCAGCUGGGCAGCGGUGGCUUCGGCACCGUUUUCUCGGGCAUCCGCCUCUCCGAUGGGAGCCCGGUGGCCAUCAAACGUGUGGCCCGGGAGAGCGUCCUGCAGUGGGUCGAGCUGCCCGACGGCACCCGCGUGCCCAUGGAGAUCGUGCUUAUGGAGAAGGUGGGCUCUGACUGCCACAACAUCAUCCAGCUCCUCGACUGGUUUGAGCUGCCUGACAGCUUUGUGCUGGUGAUGGAGCGUCCGGAGGCAUCGCAGGAUCUCCUGCAGUUCCUGCAGGAGCACGAGUUCCUGUGCGAGGAGAUGGCGCGCUGGCUUUUCUACCAGGUGCUGGAGGCCGUGCGGCACUGCACCGCCUGCGGCGUCCUGCACCGGGACAUCAAGCCAGAGAACCUCCUCGUGGUCCCGGAGAGUGGCGACCUGAAGCUCAUCGACUUCGGUUGCGGCACCUUCCUCCAGGAGCAGGUCUUCACGCGGUUUGCCGGUGAGCCCAUGGCCUGGGCCCUGCUCCCGGUGCCAGGCACUGCACGGCCCCGUUCCCUCCUGGGCUGCGGCCUUCAGCCAGCUGCCCUUUGGCACGAGGCAGAUGCCGUGCUCCAGAAGCCGGCUGCCGGCCCUGCCGACAGAGGGGGGCGGCAAAAGCCAGCUCCCGGCCCCUGGGCUCAGCAGGCCCACAAGGGCCUGGGCUGCUCCGCUGGCCUCCUUUGCCUUGCAGAAUGGUUUCUUGCCUUUGGCCAGCUGGCUGGGGGACGCAGGGUGGCCUUGGGGGGGAAGCUGUGGCUGCGGCUGCAGCCCCUGCCUCAGCCAGGAGGCUGGCGCCAGGCUCUGGAAGGCAGCAGCCUGCGCCUGGACAGCGCCGCCUGUCUCCCCUAGGAA